CUACUCUAACAAAUCCUUUCAACUACUUGCACAAACUCUCAAUUCUUCAACCGUAAUCAAUACUCCAUUUUCAACUUUCUUUUCCAAACUCCAUUUCCUCAUUCUUCAAUCCAAAUCUACCACAUUUCGUUGCAUUCUUCUCCUCAAUCUCGACUUUCCUGCCGCUAUUGUCAAAUACAAUUUCAUCAUACAAUCAAAGCCUAAUACCUGACUACUAGUACCUCACUUAGUUUUCGGGUGGGGUCCUAAAAUGGCUACACCGAUGGCUUUGAGGAGCUAUAAAAGUAUGGGUCCAGACACUCAAGCUCAGAAUUCUGGAGGGUCAUCUAUCAAGGGUUUGAAUAUUCAAUAUGUUGUACAACUCACUGAGGUCGGAGAAGGUCUCAUGGCCAAAAUGUAUAGACUCAAUCAAAUUUUAGAUCACCCGGAUCCUGUCAAUCAUUUUUUCUCUGAGUCUUUUUGGAAAUCUGGUGUCAUUCCUAAUUUCCCGAAAAUAUGUACAUUGGUGGCAAGGAAGUUCCCUGAGCAUACCAGCAAAUUACAACUUGAGCGUGUUGAUAAAGUCGCUUUUGAUUCAUUAACAGAUGGUGCAGAGGUCUAUCUCCAGAAUUUGGAGCCCUGGGUUCAGCUGCUUCUUGAUUUGAUGGCAUUUCGAGAACAAGCACUACGUCUUCUACUGGAUUUGAGCAGCACAGUGAUUACCCUGUUGCCUCAUCAGAACUCAUUUAUACUGCACGCUUUCAUGGAUCUGUUUUGCUCAUUUGUCCGCGUGAAUCUAUUUUUUGAAAAGAUACCUGGGAAAAUGUUGCUGCAGAUGUACAACCUUCUACAUGGAAUCUUGAGGAACGACCGUGAUUGUGAUUUUUACCACAGGCUGGUCCAAUUCAUAGACUCGUAUGAUCCACCAGUCAAGGGGCUUCAGGUGGACUUAAAUUUUGUCAGUCCACGUAUCGGAGAGGUUUUAGAGGCUGUUGGGCCCGUUAUUUUUUUAUCAGCAGAUACUAGGAAGCUUAGAAAUGAGGGUUUUUUGAGUCCCUUCCAUCCUCGAUAUCCAGAUAUCCUAACAAAUUCUGCACAUCCAAUGAGAGCUCAAGAUCUUGCAAAUGUUACUUCGUAUCGGGAGUGGGUGCUUCUUGGAUAUCUUGUUUGUCCAGAUGAACUUCUUCGUGUAACCAGCAUUGACAUUGCUUUGGUUGUUUUAAAAGAAAACUUGAUUCUCACGUUAUUCAGAGAUGAGCAUAUACUACUGCAUGAGGAUUAUCAGAGAUAUGUCCUACCUCGCAUAUUGGAAUCAAAGAAGAUUGCAAAAGCUGGCCGUACAAAGCAGAAAGAAGCAGAUCUUGAGUAUAGUGUGGCAAAGCAGGUUGAAAAAAUGAUCAGUGAAGUGCAUGACCAAGCGUUGGUGUAUUGUGAUGCUAUACACCAGGAAAAAAGAAUACUGCUUAAACAAGAAAUUGGAAGAAUGGUUCUCUUUUUCACUGAUCAGCCUAGUUUACUAGCUCCAAAUAUUCAGAUGGUAUUUUCGGCCCUUGCAUUAGCUCAGUCUGAGGUGAUAUGGUACUUCCAGCACGUAGGAAUUAUGUCAUCAAAGUCUAAAGCUACUCCUCAUUCGCUACCACUGGAAACGGACACAAGUGAUCCAACUAUCGGAUAUUUAUUGGACGGGAUGGACCGUCUUUGCUGCCUAGUUCGCAAAUAUAUUGCAGCAAUCAGAUGUUAUGCAUUAUCAUAUUUGUCGUCUUGUGCUGGUAGAAUUCGUUUUUUGCUGGGAACUCCUGGAAUGGUGGCACUUGACCUUGAUGGAAGCUUAAAGGGACUUCUUCACAAGAUUCUUCAGCACUUGGAAAAGAUACCAAAACCACAUGGUGAAAAUAUCUCUGCAAUUACAUGUGAUCUCUCUGAUUUUCGUAAAGAUUGGUUGUCAGUAUUGAUGAUUGUCACGUCAUCUCGAUCAUCUAUUAAUAUUAGACAUCUGGAAAAAGCUACUGUUUCUACUGGUAAGGAAGGCUUAUUGGCAGAAGGAAAUGCUGCAUAUAACUGGUCCAGAUGCGUUGAUGAGCUUGAAUUACAGCUUGCGAAGCAUGGAAGCCUCAAGAAACUGUAUUUUUAUCAUCAGCAUCUUACUAAUGUUUUCAGGAAUACCAUGUUUGGCCCUGAAGGACGUCCUCAGCACUGUUGUGCGUGGUUAGGUGUUGCAAGUAGUUUUCCGGAGUGUGCUUCUCACAUUGUUCCUGAGGAGGUUACAAAGGUUGGACGGGAUGCAGUUCUUUAUGUUGAGUCUCUGAUUGAGUCGAUCAUGGGUGGACUUGAAGGUUUAAUCAACAUUCUUUGUUCGGAAGGAGGAUUUGGUUCACUGGAGAUGCAGCUUCUUCCGGAGCAAGCAGCUGUUUAUCUGAAUUCAUCAUCAAGGCAUUCUAUUCCAGGAAGCAAAUCCCCAAGAGUAAUAUCUGGAAUGCCUGGUCAUGAGAGCUAUCCCGAAAAUAAUAAUUCUAUUAAAAUGCUAGAAGCUGCUAUGCAGAGGUUGACUAAUCUCUGUUCCGUACUGAAUGACAUGGAGCCCAUUUGUGUAUUGAACCACGUCUUUGUUUUGAGAGAGUACAUGAGAGAAUGCGUCCUUGGGAACUUUAGAAGAAGACUGAUUUCACUGCUCAAGACUGAUAGCGACCUUCAGCGUCCAUCUAUCCUGGAAGCUCUAGUUCGCAGACAGAUGAGUAUAAUUCACCUUGCGGAGCAGCAUGUCAGCAUGGACCUUACCCAGGGUGUCAGAGAAGUAACGCUUGCUGAAGCCUUCACUGGACCAAUGUCUUCCCUACAUUUGUUUGAUAAACCCACCAAUUUACAGACAGGAUUAGCCGCUGAAACUAUAUGCAACUGGUAUGUUGAAAAUAUUGUAAAAGACGUAUCGGGUGCUGGUGUAUUAUUUGUGCCUGCUCACAAAUGUUUUAGAAGCACUAGACCCAUUGGUGGAUAUUUUGCCGAGUCUGUAACUGAUACUAGGGAGCUGCAAGCUUUCAUUCAGCUAUUUGGUAGUUAUGGAGUUGACAGGCUGAAGCGAAUGCUGAAAGAUCACACAGCUGCGCUUUUAAAUUGCAUUGGCACUUCAUUGCGGUCAAAUCGUGAUAUCUUAGAAGCUAUUGCAGGGAGCUUGCAUGCUGGUGAUCGCAUGGAAAGUGAUGCCAACACAAAGCAGAUUGUAGACUUGGACACAGUGGUGGAAUUUUGUAUACAAGCAGGACAAGCGCUUGCUUUUGAUCAGCUUAUUUCAGAAGCUGCUGGUGAUGUGCUCAAGGAAGAUGCACCAUUGAUAUAUUCUUUGCUAGAAAGUAUUGUGCCACAUUUACCUAAGGAAGUCCCUGAAAAGAAGGAUAUAAGGAGGAUGAAAGAGGUGGCAAAUAGCAUAGGCACCUUAAAUGAUCAUGAUACCGAGUUUGUCAGAUCAAUCAUGGAGGAUAUAGGGGCCAGUAAUGAGACUUCAUGGAACCUAUUGCCUUAUUUAUUUUCUACUUUCAUGUCGUCAAGUAUUUGGAAUACAACAACAUUUAACGUUGAUACAGGGGGUUUCAACAAUAACAUCCAUUGUUUGGCAAGAUGCAUAAACGCAGUGAUUGCUGGAAACGAGUAUGUCAGAAUGGAAAAGGAAAAUCAGGUGGCAAACGGCCAUGUUGAUGAGAGUCUUCAAAAUCAAAUGCAGAGCUCAUUAACUGCUGAAGCAAGUGCAAAGUCCAGUAUGCUGCUUUUUGUGAAAAUGUCAACUGGUAUUGUCCUGGACUGCUGGAGUGAAGCUAACAGAUCUGAUCUAGCACCCAAGCUUAUAUUCCUGGACCAACUGUGUGAAAUAUCUCCUCAUCUCCCUAGAAGCUCAUUAGAAGCGUGUAUCCCAUAUUCCAUUAUCCGCUCAUUAUAUAAUCAAUACUACGGGAUUUCUUCCUCGUUACCAUUAACUCUACGAAGCCUAUCACCUCGCAGCUCACCUGGAGUUUCGCUCAUGCAUAAUUCUCCAGCAUUUCGACACCUCAGAAAUGACUCAACUCAGCCAUUUUCUGAUCAGUCAGGUUAUUUCAAACAGUCUUCAAGCCAAUUAUAUGAAGCCGAUAGCGGAAGUGUCCACAGUAAUGAUCGGAGACACAGAAAUUUGCGCGGGUCUGGACCUUUGGAUUACAGUUCAACCCGCAAAGUGAAGUUCAGUGAAGGAUCAACAUCAGGAAGCACAGGACCUAGUCCUCUUCCAAGAUUUGCCGUGUCAAGGUCUGGUCCAAUCUCAUACAAGUAGGAAUAUAGCAGUCUAAUCUUGAAUUUAAGAUGUAUGAUCUAAAUGAAGUACCAAUGAUUAGUGAGUUACAAUUGGUAUUAGAUGUUUUAGUUAUUCGCUUAGUUAAACCUUCCCAACUUAAGUCGAGACGCUGCACUUGCCGUAGUUACUGUAUAGGUGUACUAUGUAAAUUUUAAGUUGCAAUUGCAGAGUUGAGUUUACUGCAUGAA